AUGUCUUUACAAUUAACUAAUGAUAAAGGUAAGACUUUACUUGCUUUAAGUAAUAAUUUGAAGAUUUCUAUCGUUACCAAAUUAUUCAACGAUAAAUUAGUCAUUGAUAAUGAGGAUGACUCAGGAUUAAAAUAUAGUGAUAAAUCAAAGAAUUUCGAAUUAAAUGAAGCAAAUGCUAUUGUUAAAUAUAUUUCAGGUGACUUCAACGAUGAUUCUAUUGUAUCUCAAGAAGAAACUUUGAUCUAUACUAAUUUGAAAGCUAAUAAGAAGGAAGAUAUCAUUACUUUCUUAAAGGGAGAGAAAUCACCAUUCACUAAAGUUGAAUCAACUGCUUCACAAAUCAUUUUCUUUUCUUCAGUUUAUCCAUUUUUAAAAGAUAUUGAAGGUUCAGAAAUUGGUAAAUGGGCAGAAGAAUUCUCUAAAGUUGAUAAAGUUAAUGAUGCUAUCACUUCAGCCAAAUCUGUUACUAAAGUUGAAAGAGAAAAGGCUACCAAUACUGGUGUUCAAAAUGUUUCAACUGGUCAUACUGUUAAAUCACAAAAGGAUCAAAUUACUGUCAAUCCUAAUGAAAGAAACAUCUUAAUUACUUCAGCUUUACCUUACGUUAACAAUGUUCCUCAUUUAGGUAAUAUCAUUGGUUCAGUAUUAUCAGCUGAUAUUUAUGCUCGUUAUACUAAAGCCAGAAAUUAUAAUUCUUUAUUCAUUUGUGGUACUGAUGAAUACGGUACUGCUACUGAAACUAAAGCUUUAGAAGAAAAAGUCACUCCAAGAGAAUUAUGUGAUAAAUAUAAUGCUUUACAUGCGGAAAUUUAUAAAUGGUUUGGUUUAGGAUUUGAUUAUUUUGGUAGAACAACUACUGAACUUCAAACUGAAAUUGCUCAAGAUAUCUUUAUGAAAUUAUACGACAAUGGUUAUUUAGAAGAAAAAACCACCAAACAAUUAUACUGUGAAACUCAUAAAUCAUUUUUAGCUGAUAGAUAUGUUGAAGGUACUUGUCCAAAAUGUCAAUAUGAUGAUGCCAGAGGUGAUCAAUGUGAUAAAUGUGGUAAUUUGUUAGAUCCUUUUGAAUUAAUCAAUCCUCAUUGUAAAUUAGAUAACGCUACUCCAGUUCCAAGGGAUUCAACUCAUAUUUAUCUUAAAUUAAAUGACUUAGAACCUGAAUUGAAAGUUUGGGUUGAAGAUGCUUCAACUAAAGGUGUUUGGUCUAAGAAUUCUAAGAACAUCACUGAUAAUUGGUUAAAACAAGGUUUAGAACCAAGAUGUAUUACCAGAGAUUUAGUUUGGGGUACUCCAGUUCCAUUAGAAAAAUUCAAAGAAAAAGUUUUAUAUGUUUGGUUUGAUGCUACUAUUGGAUAUGUUUCCAUUACUGCUAACUAUUUCAAGAAUUUAGGUAAAACCGAAGAAUGGCUCAAAUGGUGGAAAAAUCCUGAACAAGUUCAAUUAUAUCAAUUUAUGGGUAAAGAUAAUGUUCCUUUCCAUACUGUUGUUUUCCCAUCAUCUCAAAUUGGUACCAGAGAUAAUUGGACUAAGCUUCAUCAUUUAAAUACCACUGAAUACUUACAAUACGAAGGAGGUAAAUUCUCAAAAAGUAGAGGGGUAGGUGUUUUCGGUAAUAAUGCCAAAGAUACCGGUAUUCCUCCAUCAGUUUGGAGAUUCUAUUUAGCUUCUAUUAGACCAGAAACCGGUGAUUCUCAAUUCAGUUGGAAAGAUUUCGUUACUAAGAACAAUAGUGAAUUAUUAGCUAAUUUAGGUAAUUAUGUUAAUAGAAUCGUUAAAUUCGUGGUGGCUAAAUAUAAUGGGGUAAUACCAAAAUAUGAUGUCAAAAAUAUUGAAGGCUAUGAAAAAUUUGAAACUGAAAUCAAUGAUUUAUUGAAACAAUAUGUUGAAGCUAUGGAAGGUGUAAGUUUAAGAAAAGGGUUAGAAUUAUCAAUGGCUAUUUCUGCUAGAGGUAAUCAAUUCUUACAAGAUAACAAGUUGGAUAACAGUUUAUAUGAUAACACUCCUGAUAAAUCUGAUGCUGUUAUUGCUGUAGGAUUGAAUCUUGUUUAUUUGAUUUCAAGUAUUAUUUCCCCUUACAUGCCAGAUAUUACCAAACAAAUUAAUGAAAUCUUGAAUACUCCAACUUUAUCAAUCCCUGAUAAAUUCGAAUUAUUAUUAUUACCAGGACAUUGUAUUGAUAAACCUCAAUACUUAUUCAAGAGAAUCGAUGAAAAGAAAAUCGAUGAAUGGAGAGCUCUCUAUGGUGGUAAACAAGUUGUUUAA